AUGGUCUGCAGAGUACAGAAUCAUGCCUUUGACCUGCAAACUCCUACAGCUACUGAGGAUGCUCUUCUUAUCACUGUUGAUUCUUCUAGAGCUCCUAAUAACACUAUUAUCCCAAAGCAGUUAACUCGAGAGAAAUUUAAAGAGCUUUUGCCUACCUCAUGGACUACCAACUAUGAAACUUCAUUUCAUACAGAUACUUCUUUGCAGUCCACUGAUCCCAAAUUCACACGAAAGAAGGAUGGUACAGUUGAGAUUGCUUUUCCAUCCCCUUCGGCUGUCACUGCCCCGAUCUUUCCCACAAUAGCAGUUAUUGAACCUUCUCUUCCUAUAGCUGCCUUUGAUGGAAAGGGUCGUCAAGUUUAUGCCUAUAAAGAUCCCGUUACCCAACACUGUUAUUGGGAUCUAGAUUGCAAGUGUAAUGCUUGUCUUUUUGAUGACUCAGACUUUGAUCAGCUUACUCGUUCUGCUCGAUGGUCUAAAAUGAAGAAAAAGAUUUCUCAAGCUCGUUUACAACAAUUAUUUCUUGCUGGAGACCCUGAAGUGGAUCUUCUUGGUGAACCUUCAGUAGGUUUUGACUACUUCGUCAUAUAUCCUCGCAGAUCUCCCCCUUAG